AAGUAAUCCUUCCUCCAUCCAUGUGAUUUCUAUAUUUAGCAAGUGCUCAUUAAACUCGAAUCUUCUUCUUACCACCUCAUUAUACAGAGAUUCACCAGCUACCUAACCUCUAGAAAUUUCCAUUUUUUUCAGGCUUACAUACAACAAUAAAGCAGGCUCUAGGGUUUGUUUGUAUUAUGGAGAGAUAUGAAGUGGUUAAAGAAUUGGGGUCUGGGAAUUUUGGGGUUGCUAAGCUUGUAAGGGAUAAAGGGACUAGAGAGUUGUUUGCUGUCAAGUUUAUUGAAAGGGGCCAAAAGAUUGAUGAACAUGUAGAGAGGGAAAUACUGAAUCAUAGAUCUUUGAGACAUCCAAAUAUUAUCAGAUUCAAAGAGGUCUUACUAACACCAACUCAUUUGGCAAUAGUCAUGGAGUAUGCUGCUGGAGGAGAGCUUUUCGAGCGGAUAUGCCACGCGGGUAAAUUCAGUGAAAACGAGGCACGGUUUUUCUUUCAACAACUUAUAUCAGGAGUUAGUUACUGUCAUUCAAUGGAAAUCUGUCACAGAGAUCUUAAGCUUGAAAACACACUGUUAGACGGAAGCACAGCUCCGCGUGUUAAAAUAUGUGAUUUUGGGUAUUCAAAGUCAUCAGUUCUGCAUUCGCAACCGAAGUCAGCUGUCGGAACACCAGCUUACAUUGCACCGGAAGUUCUUUCAAGAAAAGAAUACGAUGGAAAGCUUGCAGAUGUUUGGUCAUGUGGUGUUACUUUGUAUGUGAUGCUAGUUGGGACAUACCCCUUUGGACAUCCAGAUGAUCCAAAUAACUUUCGGACAACUAUUUCCCGGAUACUUAGUGUUCAAUACGCGAUUCCAGAUAAUGUGGAGGUUUCCUUGGAAUGCAGACAUCUUCUUUAUCGGAUAUUCGUUGCCAAUCCCGAGAAGAGAAUAAGCAUCCAAGAAAUCCAAAUCCAUCCCUGGUUCUUAAAGAACCUUCCUACGGAUUUAGUGACCGGUGCAAGCUCUCACAACACGAAUUUAAACGAUACGAAUCAAAACGUCGACGAAAUAUUGUCAAUAAUACAAGAGGCGAGAACGCAUCCUGGGAUGCUAAACGAUGGAUCGUUACAGCUUCUCGGCGACAGUAUGGACUUUGAUGACUUGGAUGAUUCAGACAUUGAAGAUAUAGAUAUAAGUGAUGAUUAUGAUUCUUCAUUUUAGCAACAAAUGGCGCUUUUAGGUUUUCUCCAGCUCCUUCUUGGAUCUUCUUCGGCUGAGGAUGACUUGUGAGUUGUUAUAUAAAUUGUUAUCAGCUUUAUAUGAUAUAUGUUUUAAUAAUAAGAUCCUUUUUAAGUGUCUUGAAUGCCAUAUCAUGUACAAAUUUAUCUUUCCGAAA